UACCAUAGCUUCCGCCCCUCUUCUAUUUCUCCGCUCUUUUUUUCGCUCUUGGGGGUUUUCUCUUUCUGUUUCAUCGUUAACUUCGAAAAUCUCUCUCGAAUUUUCUUGAAUUUCAUGUUCUAUAAUUUGGAUGUGUAAGGAUCCAUCGCUCUUCUCCAUCUCCUUCCUCAGUAGAGAAGUAGAAGUGAGAUGCCGAAUAUAAGAUCGACUUUGCCUUCAAGGCUUCACCAGCUUUUGUCUGGUGAAACGACCAUCAGCCAUUCUAUCAAACUCGACUCUGAGCCCGGAUUUUGGGCAGCAUAACACAAACUUGGUGCGGUGCUGCCUCUGCUUGGAAGCAACUGUUCUGUUGGAGAAGCCUAUCUUAGUUCCUCGAUAAUGAACAAGCAGCUGCAACAGAUCAUCCAUAUUCCACCCAACCCACCUGUUUCCCCUACCCGCCAACCGACCGAAAAAGUUUAUGCUUCCUUAAUUGAACCGAAACAUGCCAAUACUGUUAUAAGGCGACUUAAUCAGAUUGCACCGCUUCAAAAUCUCCAGCAUUUGAAGAGGAUUAACAAAAAGCAAGUCCAAGGGGGGAAACCAGAGUUGUUUGUCAUAUUAUGUUUGGCUUCUGAAAAUGAAACACAAUCCAAUACUAUGCCACCGGGUGUGGAAGAUGUUGUCAAUUCCUACAACUUGACUCCUUUUAUUACCGAAGUUUGCAAACAUGUUGCAUUAUCAAAGGAGGAGUGGGAAGAACAGUGCAAAUUGUGGCCAACGUCAUAUCAUCCACCAACCUACAAUAUUAAUGGCAUUACAGGGUUUAAUGAAGAGGAUUCUAAAUCAGUUUUCAGUUUUAUGAAGUCCACAAUAGAGUUGGCGAAAUAUGGUGAUCAUUUGAGUUUCAAUGCUGCUUUGAUAGUGGAUCCAUUAGCCGGGCAGAUAAUUGCAAGGGCAUGUGAUGAUGUCUGCUCUUGGCAUAUGGGAACAAAUGAAGCAAAGACAGAAACCUGCCACAUCAAACAGUCGGAAGGAUUCACUUCUGAUGCUGAUGCUAACAGGAUAGCAAGAGAUGCAACUUUGAUUUCAAAUGGCUCAUCUAACAAUCUCCUAAAAUGUGACACCACAGUUUCUUGUUUAAACCCUUGGCAGUUUUCACAACAAUCAUUGGAUACAAGUCCUUGUUAUUGUCACCCAUUACGACAUGCUACCAUUGUUGCUAUUGAAGCUUCUGCUGCGAGGGACCGACAUUUGUUCCGUGAUUCUGGGCACGGUGAAAAGUUGUAUGAAGUUGAUUCUACUCAUUUUUCUCCCUCAGGUUCUCCAGCAAAGAGACAAAGGGUGACCCUUGAAAAUGUAAAAAAUGGUGGGGAACAGGAUGUGAAUACCGAAGGUUCAAACUCCUUACCCAGGCCUUAUCUGUGUACCGGCUAUGACAUCUAUCUUGUCUGGGAGCCUUGUACAAUGUGUGCUAUGGCUCUUGUUCAUCAGAGAAUUAGGCGAAUAUUUUAUGCGUUACCGAAUCCUGAAGCUGGGGCAUUGGGAAGUGUUCAUAGGCUACAGGGUGAGAAAAGCUUAAACCAUCACUAUGCAGUUUUCAGGGUUGUCUUGCCUGAACUUGAAUUUCCAGCGGAAAGAUAGUUCUUUUGAUAUUUCCUACCGUUCGCACUUAUUUACAUUUUCCAGAAAUUCAUCUCUCAUUAUAAGAAAUUGUAAUGCGAAAUGGUAAGUCUUAACUGUAACGGGGUAAUGAUAAUUA